GGACAGUGAACACACAGGCUGGGACUCGGUGAAUGGACAGUGGGCCUGUUACCUAAGCAGAGCCGGGGGAUUGUACCGCAGCGCUCCGGGAGGAUUAUCUCCUCUGCACGCGCCCACCAUGCUUCCGUUCGUAGUACUCCUGCCCGUACUCAUAGUAGUAGCGGCGGGUGUGUACUACGUGUACAAUGAGUUCCUGCUGUUCAUGUCCAACGCUCAAGUGCGCAACAAAGUGGUGGUCCUGACCGACGCCGUGUCCGGAGUGGGGACGGAGUUGUCCCGUCUCUUCCACGUGGGCGGGGCUCGUCUCAUCCUGUGUGGGACCAGUUGGGACAAACUGGAGUCUCUGUACGACACCCUGUGUACAGACGCCGACCCUCGAGAGACGUUUGCCCCUAAGCUGGUGCUGGUGGACUUCAGUGACCCGGACAGCCUGGAGGAGGUGGUGACGGAGGUGGUGGACUGUUAUGGUUAUGUGGACGUGCUCAUCUGUAACAGCAGCAUCAAGGUCAAAGGUCCUGUCCAGAGCAUCUCCCUGGACGUGGACCGCAACAUCAUGGACAUCAACUACUUUGGGCCCUGCACGCUGGCCAAAGGUGUGCUCCCCUCCAUGAUGUCCAGGAGGGGUGGGCAGAUCGUGCUGGUCAACAGUAUCCACAGCAAACUGGCAGUCCCUUUUAGAAGCUCCUACGCUGCCUCUAAACACGCGGCUCAGGCCUUCUUUGACUGUCUGCGGGCCGAGGUGGAGGAGUACGGCAUCUCUGUGAGCACCAUCACCCACACCUUCAUCAACGCCUCUGACCCCCCUGCCCCCGCCCCCGCCCCUGAGCCCGCCCCCCAGACCAACCGCCUCUGGGACUACAUCUCCAGUCACCUGAGCCAUGGUGUGCGUCCUUCUGUGCUCGCCCGAGAGGUGCUCCAGACGGUGAACAGGAAGAAGAAGGAGGUGCUCCUCUCGCACCCCCUGCCCCGUCUGGCCCUGUACCUGCGCUCUCUGCUGCCCCCUCUGCUCUUCUCUGUGCUGUCCGCGGGGGUGCGAGACUCCGCCCUCGCCGAGAACAUCCAGUAGAUCCUGAUUUAUAAAGCCCGGAGUUAACACUAAAACAAACACUUGUACAACAGGGACAAGAGGGAGAGAUGAAGACGAGGGUCGCACAGUUGAAAGGAACUGUAUGUAGUUUGUGCUCUUACUGUUUUAGGUUAGGUUGCUUUAUUCGUACUCGUAGUCAGUGUUGGGGAGUAACAGAUUACAUGUACCAGCGUUACGUAAUCAGAGUACAAAUUAUGAGUAACUGUACAGUUACUGUUUCAAUGAGAGGUAAUUGGAUUACAGUUACUUUGUUGAAAUAAAUGGAUUACAUGGCGGUAUUUUCCUAUUUUCACAUUUUGGGCUAAACCAGGACUAAACCAGGACUAAACCAGGACUAAACCAGGUCUAAACCAGGACUAAACAAUAUGACACUAACAGUAGGUAGACAUACUUUAAGGCAGCAGUGAGCUCAUAUAGAAAUCAUUUCUCUAUCAAUAAUAUUUUUUUAUACGGUAAAGUAAAGUCUGGGCUUUUUAUUUUCUUUUAGCAGACAAAACAUCUUAUGUGAAGAUUCUAGUCUUUGCAACUUUACAGCAAACAAGUCUGUUCAUGGAGACUUGGGCUCAGCCAAUUUGAAGAACAAACAAGAAUUUUCAGGAUGUGGUCGCUACAUUCAUGCAGUUUUAAAAAGCAUGACAAUAUCAAGUAAUCCAAAGUAUUCAGAUUACGUUACUCACUUUAAGUAAUUUAAUGGAUUACAUUACAAACUACAUUUUGAGGUAUGUAAUCUGUAAUCUGUAGGGGAUUACAUUUUAAAAGUCACCUUCCCGACACUGCCUGUAGGUAAAUUUGUUUUGCAGAUUUGAGAGGCUGGUCCCACAUUUCACAUUUCAUUCAUCCACAUUAUGUACAAUAAACACCUAUAAAAACACAAUUAUAAAAUAAAGUGUUGCAGUGCUCCAGUGCAGAAUGGUUUUGUUCUGCAAACCAUUCUGUUUUAGAAAAGUUACUACAAUCACCACUGAACCUGUAUAACCAGAGUCUUCACCUGCAGACAGAGAACACACACAACUUUGUCUCAUUCUAAGUUUAUGUUCAGGCCUCAUGUGAAGCUCAGAACCUCCAGAAUCCCCUCCCUGAGCUGCAGAGGCUGCACUAGCACUGACUCAUGACUGUGUGCAGGUGCUGGGGUUUAGGUAGAGACCAUUCAGAUCAGAGAGAAGCAUUUGAGGUCUAAACACACUGGAUUUCAGCACUGAACCUGGCAACCCAAAUGAGAGACUUGAACCAAAACACAAAUUAUAACAUAAAGAAAUAGAACAUGUAAUUAAGAAUAAAUCAAGAUUAUAGUUGCUAUCAGUAAGAGUUAUAUUUGAUUUGGACAUGUUUACCUCAUUUUCAAAAUCAAAAUCUUACAUACAGUUCCUUUAAACUUAAAAGCUUUGAGAGAAAACUGAAACAGUUUGUAGUAGUCUAAAGUACAGGCUGCACGUCAAAUCUUACAGACAUUUAGUUCUGAUUCAGUUCUAUUUACAUUUUCAGCAUCUUUGCAGUAGUGUAGAGCUGUGUAAAAUGUAUUCAGUGAAGCUGUAAUGGAAGGGUAAGUUGUAUGUUUAUAGUUGAAAAGUAUGUCGAGAGAAUGAGUCGAUUUAAACUUAAAAACGUAACUUUUAAAAACACGUGGGUUCUGUGAAGGUUUUCGCAUGAAUGUGUGUAAUCUUCAUAAAUCAUUACAUACUAUUUGAGGCAUUAUUGUUAUUAUUUUUAUUAUUAUGUUCUACCCCAAAUCCUCUCUGCUAGUACUUAACUGAAUGCGUGUCCUUCGUGGGAUGUCCACCAGAGGGCAGCAGUCACGCACCAAAUACGUAUGAUAAUGACUAGAUACACAUUUUUUAACGUGUUGUAAAAUAUAAUAUGUUCAGUAAUUACAGUUUUGCCAAGUUUAAGUUACAUUAUGGAAUUGUUGCAAAAAAAUAAAUAAA